AUGACUCCUCUCAAUAUACAUCACAAGGGCCGCAAAAGAAAAUACCGCGGCCCCAGAGACCCUCUUAUGACGAUAAGAGUGUACAAUUGGAACGCGGACGCAUCCGAACGCGACCUGACUACUACCCCUUACCCCUCCGCCACCGAUGAUGUCAACAGCGAGUCGCAUUCGCCCAGAGCUAUUAGAACGAUGCAACCUCAAUUACCAUCAAAAGACCCAAGGAAGCAGGAGCCCUCUUUUGUCGUGGUUCGAAGACAGCUGAACCAACUUCAGGAUCCCACCAAAAGCGCGUGGGUAUCUGUUACCGUUCCAGAGACUAUCAGCGCUGUCUUCUCUCCCACCCCUACUUCGCCUCCACCUACAGCCUCGCUAGAAAUCAUAUACACAACAGAAACGACAGCGACAGCAUCAGCGACGACUACCCCAAAAGCAGAAGGUCAAAAUCCAUUAACAAGCAUAGCCGUCCAACUCAUCCUCGGAGGCCUCGCUGCCGUCUGCCUCAUCGCCGUGGUUUUGCGCUGUCUCCACGUCAACCACCAGCAUCAUACAAUCACCGCAGCACGGCGGCGAAAUCUGACAUCAGCCCAGGCCCAGGCUGCCGUUCACGCGUCGGUUCUUGAAGGCAGAGGUCAAACACACCUAAUUCCGACAAACGAAAUGACCCUUGCUGCGCGGUUGAACAUGUACCGUGCGCGCACAGAUGUUAGAACGCCCUACUAUCCAUACCAGCAGGAGCCCCAUGGCACAGCAGGUGGGGGACCUCUGGAGAGCGUGAACUCAUUUGUAGCGCCGUCGUACGAGCAGGAUGUGAGUCCGCCGCCCUUUAUGAUGGCCGCAGGCAAGCCGCCUGCGUAUGCCGACGCAGUAAGAUCAUCUCUUGCACCGCCUACACGGCCAUCCGAACAGCGCAUACAACCUGUAGAUCCUCCUAUGCGCCCAUCAGAUCCAUCUCAGGAGCAACGAUAG